AAUAAUCACAUUUUCUAUAUUUUGUUCGGUAUACGGUAUACGGUCGAUCGUCAAUCGUUAUCAUGUUAUCAGCUGUCGACCUGUGUUGUUAUGACUAUUUGAUAUUUCUAUUUUAAGACGCAUUUUCGAGUUUCUAGUCUCUACAGUCUAUAGUGUAUCAACAAAAAUAUUUUUACCAAUUUCCACUUUCCAGUUGCCAAAAACACCUUAAAAAUUUUUAAAUAUAGAUACCAAGAUGAAGCCUCAAGAAAUAAAAAAACGAUAUUUUGUACCGAUUGAAGGCAAACGUUUUCAAUGCUUAUAUUGCGAAAGCAUUUAUAAAGAAAACGUUACUAGAAUGGCUUUACAUUUUUCAAAAUGCAAAAAAAAAACCAUCCUCAAUUGCAUCAAAUAAAAAUAAAAAUAACAACGAACAACAGGGAAACAAUAAUAAUUUCAUUGAAAGUGAUUCAUCAAAUACAACCAACGGCACCAACACAGGCUUAAAAAAGAUCAAUACUGGCCAUACUAAAGAAAGGAAAUUAAUAUCAUACAUGGAUACCAUGAAAAAAAAUGAACAAGAUUAUUUAAACAAACUUUUGGGAACUGCUAUUUAUGCAACAGCGACUCCUUUUUCCAUAGUAGAAAAUGAGCAUUGGUUGAAUUUUUUUAAAGCAAUGCGACCCAGUUAUGUGCCACCUUCGCGUUUCACAAUUUCCAACAAGUUGUUGGAUGAAAAACACCAACAGAUAACAUUACACGUUAAAAAAAAGAUAAAUGACGCCUAUGUUUAUGGUGUUCAAGUCGAUGGUUGGAGCAACAUCAGAAAUGAACCCAUUGUUAACAUCAUUAUUACAACACCUGAGCCAGUUGUAUAUAAAUCAUUAAAUACAACUACUAAUCGCCAUACUGGAGAAUAUAUUGCUCAACUAAUAAGUGAUGUCAUUGAUUCUAUUGGGAAAAAUAGGUGUUUAGGGGUGGUAACAGAUAACGCAGCUGCUAUGAAGAAGGCUUGGCAAAUACUUCAAAGUGAUAGUCGUUAUGAAAAUUUACCAAUUGCUUACUACUCAUGCUUUUGUCACACUCUUAAUUUACUAAUACAUGAUAUUGUAAAAUUAGAAAGUUUUUCUACAGUGGAAGAAAAUGCAAAAAAAGUUGUAAAAACUAUUAAUAAUGUACACAUUUUAAAAAGUACUCUUGUUAAAAUUCAAAAAUCAAAGAACCAAGUAUUGGGAACUUUGAAAAUGCCAGUACAAACUCGUUGGGGAUCGAUUGUAUCUUGUUUAAAAAGUAUUGAACAAAACAAAGGCUGUCUUCAACAACUAUCGUGGAGUGAAAAUGAACAUGUUAUUGGUAAAUUAGGAAACAUAAAAAUGAUUCUUCUUGAUUUUGUAUUUUGGAAUAAAAUUGAAAGUAUGUUAAUCUUGUUAAAACCUAUAGCUGAUUGGAUAUUAAAACUAGAAUCUAAUCAUUCUUUUGUGAGUGAUGUUGUAUAUGCAUUGAAUGAUAUUAACUCUCUGUUGACUAACAAUUUACCAAAUAUAGAUUUUAUAUCUGACAAAGAAAAAGAGUCGGUUUUAAAAUCCUUCGAACAAAGGAAAAAUAUGGCUCUCCAUCCAAUGCAUUAUGCAGGCUCAAUAUUGGACCCUAGAACACAAGGUACUAAUUUAACAACUGCUGAAGAUAUAGCUGGAGUUGAAUAUAUUUAUAAUGUUACUAAGUCUUUAAUGAAAGAACAGUGUGGAAAUAUUAUGACAGAACUUGCACAAUAUCGUUCACAUGAAGGACUUUGGGGUAAAGAAUUUGUUUGGUCUGUGGAAUUAGAACAAUUAAAUCCUUUUACUUGGUGGAGAGGAAUUUGUGGAAGUUCAUCUAUCAGUAAAAUAGCAACAGCAAUUUUGUCUUUGCCAUGUUCUUCAGCAGCAACAGAGAGAUCAUUCAGUACUUUUUCUCUUAUACAUACAAAAAAAAGGAACCGGUUAUCAAAUAGUAGAGCUGAAAAACUUUUAUUCGUACAUCAAAAUAUGAAUAAUUUGAAAAUUCAAUCCAAAGAAAAACCAUUAUGUACUCGGCGUUUACGUAAUGAUGGAGCCAUGACACAAAUAAAUUGUGCCGAAACGCCAGAAACAACUGAAGAGCCAACAUUAUUCUCACCAACAGAGCAAGAACGCCAAGAACCAUCAACUAGCAGUUUUAUGUUAAACACUAGUGAAACCACUGGUGAAAUGCAUGACCCUAGUUCUAGUUCAGACGAAGAACAAUGGGACACAGAUAAUUUGGUGAAUGAUUCAAUUGACUCAGAAAGCUUUUCUUCACGUUCAGAAUGGGAUGAAUUUGAAUAAUGACCAAUGUUCAAACUCUAACUUAAUCUUAACUACUUUUUAUAUAUACAAUAUUUCAAUUUGUAACUCAACUAUAGAGAUUUAUGUUUGUUUUAUUAAGUUUUAAAAUAAUUAUUAUAAUUUGUUUUGUUUUUUAAUAUAAUAAACAGGUUGGACCAAAGUAGGUAAACCGAAAAAGGAACUUCUGUGAUAUUAUCAUUUCACAUUUGUAAUAUUUAUAAUUUAUAUACUUGUUAUUGUUUAUAUAGUUUGUUAUAUACUAUAAAAUCAAUAUUCUGCCACCCCUAAUAUAUAUUAGAACA